CCACAGAGAAAAAUAUAAAUAGAGUUCGAUGCCCACAAAAAUCACACAAUCAUCAAAGAUGAAGUUCCAGAGCAUUGUUCUUGUGGCUCUAGUAGCAAUCGUGGCAGUACAUGCGGUGCCUUACUUUGGACCUGAACACCAUCAAAGGAUUGAUCGCAGACGUGAACAUCACAACCACCAUGAUUCGUGGAGGCACGCUCCAGAAGAUCACCAUGCGAGGAUAGUGCCAUAUGUAGAGGAAGACCCAUCUUCACCCCCACCACCUCCUAGUGAUGAACCGUCCCAACCAAGUGACGGAUCAUCCCCACCACCACCUCCUAGUGACGAACCUAUAGUAAAAGAAGAUCCAUCUUCACCCCCACCACCUCCUAGUGAUGGACCGUCCCCACCAAGUGAUGGAUCAUCCCCACCACCACCUCCUAGCGACGAACCUAUAGUAAAAGAAGAUCCAUCUUCACCCCCACCACCUCCUAGUGAUGAACCGUCCCCACCAAGUGACGGAUCCUCUCCACCACCACCACCAAGUGACGAACCAAUCGUUAAAGAAGAUCCAUCUUCUCCCCCACCUCCGCCAAGUGAUGGACCGUCUCCACCACCACCGCCAAGUGACGAACCUAUCGUUAAAGAAGAUCCAUCUUCUCCCUCACCACCACCAAGUGACGAACCUAUCGUUAGAGAGGAUCCAUCUUCACCGCCACCACCACCAAGCGGAGAGCCAUCCCCACCACCACCAACUGAUGAGCCUUCAUUAGCUCCAGAAAGUCAUUCCUGGUUUAAAUCUGUAAAAGGUUUAUUCCAUCAGUAAUUAGUAUAAUGUUAAUGUAUAAUGGAUAUUUUCAUAGAUAUAUAUAAUAUAUUUUAUUAUUAGCUCA